AUGGCCAUAUUGGAAGAGUUACUUGACCUCAGCUUCGAUUGUUACACGAUGAAUCCCCCAAUUCGAGCCUUCAAAAGGGAAGAAAAGCAAGCUUGUAUGUUCGACAUGGAAAAUUUUAUAGAUUUGUCUUCUAAUAUUUCUUCCGGUUUGGCUAAGCAAGAAUAUUAUGAGCCCUCGAUCUGCAGGUUGCCUGCUUACAAUUACAGUCAGCCCUUCUUUCCAGCAGUUCCUCGACUCUCGCAUUUUGGUCCUCAUUUAAACCGUAAGUUCCUUUUGUUUUACUUUUAUACCUUUCUCUCUCUCUUUUUUUUAAUCGCGUAAGAAGAGAAAUAUUGUGGCAAAAGUCUUUAAGUGACUUGCUCCUAGUUAUUUCCAGCCACUCUAGCGAAUUGCAAGCCCGCGCAAGUGAUUGAAAUUUCCAGAACUUGUGAAAACUAAGUUGUUUAUUCAGCGCUUUUGUUUGCGUUGUUUUAUUUUUCUCUUAGCUACGUCAUUUUCUUUUGACUGUUUUAAAUCUCCUUCGUUUUUAAAAAUGAAGACAAGUUCGUUGAACUCGGAAAUUGAAGAUAGGUUAAAAUAUAGUGAGAUAUUGUUGUUGAUCUCAAUGGCGUUGUAGCUCUUCCUUGAUACAAUUACGUUAUGUUCAAGUAUGUCAAAAGCAUCUUCUGAGCUUUAAAAGAUAACUGUCUUAGUGCGUUUUGACUGUCUGUACAAUGCAAGCUGUUCACAUUAAUUAUUUACAAUGGUUUUGACGAAAAUGCUGUUUCCAACUUUAGCUCUUUGACAGUGAUUCCAUGUAAAAUCGGCGUUAAAACCUAAAAUAUAAUAUUUUGUAGUUCCUUUUAAUCUAGUUACCUGGAUCAAAGCUCUUUUAACUACAUAUUUGGCAGUUAAUCGCAUUUUAAACGUUAACGCUGAUAAUUUUCUGCAACCGCCGUAAAUAAACUCUUCGAACUUCAAUAACCCUCGUCGAGGCUUCAAAAAAAAUAAAACAACAGGUGUCCAAAAAAGAUGGUGCUUCUGAAACUUUUGCAAUACUUUCAUUUGUUGUUUGCAAUUUGUUUAACUAAAUCCUGAUUUCAGUUUCCUUUCCUAGACUCCGUCGCAAAGACUACGUCAUUCAUUGUUGUUUUCGGAAUAUUUUGAAACACCUUUUAACAGAUCGCCUUUUAUUUCGGGGAACCCAACCGGACGAAUCCGUUAUAUAGCUAAAAUGAUAUGGAUGUUUUGGGUCUAUAUUUCAACAGAAGUAAAUUUUGUGAUUUCUUUUCUUAACUGCGGAAGUUUUAGCUCAUCGAGAAGGUAUCUAGGAUGAUAUUUUCCAUCCAUCAAUGAAACGGUGUUCACCUUUCCAAUAUUAGUUAUUUUUUAAGUGACAGAGGCUAGUAUUUUGUGUGGGCGAGUUAGUUCCUUCCGCCGAUACAAGAUGCCAAUAGUCUGAUUAUGAACGGACAUGCCUGAAGCCCUAGGCAAAACGACCUAUAUGGUGGACAGAAAAGGUUGAAUUGUCCUUAAAGCGCAUUAGCGACAAAGCGUCUCUUCCGAAUAUAACAAAUGAUUCACCCUUCAAGUGUGCAAGCAAAAGAUGGUCACGUCUCUUUAGAAAUAACCUUUUUCUCUUUGCAAGAAUACUGAAUGCUUCUCUGUGGUAGAGAACUUAGCUUUUGUGAAAAAGUGAAAUAUUGUUUCCUUUUUGACAAUACUUCAUCAUGUUACUAGUUACAGAUAAGGACGAUGUCAUCGUGACCCGCACAAGACCAUGCAGCCCAAGUGUGUCGUAUAGAGGAAAACAAAACUUAAACAAGUUAAAUCUAGUGAUCAGGGUGACACCACAUUACAAAAACUAGAUUACGCGCCGCAUAACUAACUCGGCCUUUUUUAGUUUCACGGAUAGAGGGCUCUAGUUUUUUUUUUUAGGUAAUUAGUUGCGAAUUCUGUGAGACAGUCUGACGCUCAAUGUAUUUGCCGCUUGCCGAGGUGAAAUACCACGGGUCAAUUUAAUAAAACUGUUACACGUACACGUGUAAAAGUUUUAUUAAAUUGACCCAAGAUGAUUAGCCUGUGUACAGCCGCCCCAAGGGGCGGCUGUACACAGGCUAAAGAGAUAGGCUAUUUAACAAUUAUUCCACGAGUGCGCGUUGAACAAGAGAUGUUAGACAGCCAACUCGGCACGUUUGUAAAAACAACCAAUUUUCAGCUUUUUUUUAAUUUUGAGCAGACGCGUACAGUUACCAUACUUGGAGAGCAUGGUAUAAUGCAUGGCUCAUAUACCAUGAUGGCUAAGGCAAUCAGAGCUCUAGAGUUGCAUUAUCCAAUGAUUCAGGUUUUAAUAAAAAGUAGUAUAGCACGCCAUCAUGUAAAGGCAUUGUAGCUAGGGUAACACCUGUGAUUAAGGGCACCUGCGAGCAAGGAAACAGCUACAACUCACAAGAAACAGCAAGAAAAUAUCAGGAAUAAUUGGUCUAACAGACAAAUGAGGAGUCAUAAAAAGUGUCCGCAUUACCGGGAGGAGCCACUUUUUUGGAGGUUAUAAUAAAAAAAAAAACGGAUCCAAUGUUCUAUAGUGAGAACAAUGGCAGGCGCAUUGCCAAAGGAAGGGGCAAUAUACCCUGCAUUGUAUUACAGAAAAAAUGAAAACACGGCCAUUAUUGAAGAAAAAAAACCCGCUAAAUUGCAGCCUAAAAUAGAAUGGAAGCAGUUGAAACUGAAGGGUACAUUCAAAUGGGUUCCCUUUGCGCUUGAAUGACUUCUUCUCCCCGGUACGACUUCUCAUGUAGUGUUCUUUUCAGUCUACACUAAAACGACUUCUCUUUGUUCUCAGUUGGGCCUGUCCCUAACACAAAAUAGUUUCUCCCAUAAAAAUAACAAGGCAUAGAGUGUGAAUGGCAAAAAAUAGUCUUUUUUGAAGUCUUUCAAGAUUUCAUUUUGCAUGCAUUUUGCACCUAAAUGGAUUUUCUUUGUUCUGUAAUGCGUUCCUGGUAGAAAUGGGGCUCUGCUUUAAGGUAAAGAAAGUAAUGUAUAGUGUGAACUGAUCGUAGUAAAGUAAGGCUUUUAAACAGCACGCAAUUUUUCUUGACUUAUAACAAAAAACCAAAGAAGUAUAGAGAGUGAACAUUGUAGCAAAAUAAGGCUUGUUCGACGUCAUGUAAGUUUCCCUUUUGCACUUACAUAUCUUUGUUCUUAAAUGGGUGUCUGACACAAAAGAGUCCAUUUUCUUAAAUUAAAAAAAAGUAUACUGUGAACAUCGCGUACGAGCAUGGUAGUAAAAUCAGCAAUUGGUUUGCAGCAAUGUCACUUUCAAUACUAGCUAUAGUAAAGAACAGAAUGAUAGAUUUCAUCAUAGGCGUUGUAAAAAAGUAAUGAGAUCGAAGUUGAAGAUGUCGAUUUUCAUGGGCUGGAAAAAAAGUUGAAGAAAAUGUGACACGUGAAAACUCAUAGAGAAGACAGAGAUUUUUGUUUCACUCCGGAAAAUCCUUUCUUCAGUAGGAAGAGAAAAUACUAACCACGUUUGAUUACAAACUUUUAGGGAAAAUCUGACACAGGCAAAGUGUUCAAAGCGUCUUGACACUCACUGAUGAUCCGUCGAUAUAGAAGCGACGCAUUUGAUAUGUGAAAAGGGCAUUGAAAUGUAGUUUUAUCAGAUUGUUCACUAAAAAACGGUAAAAAUCCUCAAGGCACUUCCCCUAAAGCCGAAUUUAAGUAGCACUUAAGUACUCAUCCUUAUAAUCAGUCUAGAAUCCUAAACAGCAGCUGCUCAGGAGAAAAAGCCUGUGGAUGUUUUGGACUUGCGAGAACAAAGAGAAUCUAACACUUAAAAAGCGUUAACAUUUAUUUAAGAAUUACACAUGUUGAAGAAUUCUUUCAGUGGUUGAGGACUAAAAAUUAGUUAUUAUAUUUCAAACCGUCACUUAUGCCUGCAUAAUUCAAUGCUGGUGCAGUGUGGAAUUCCUGUAAAUUAAAACACUUUUACAACUGACAAAUGAAAGGAGUGUCAUAGUUUAACGAAGCGACUGCCUUUUGAGAACUUCCCCAUUUUUUGUGUUAGCUGCACUAGGAUUAUAAACCUUCAUCCUCUGUUGCAGAAAAGAAGGUUCAGAAGUCAGCACAGUCUCCAGAUUUCGCUCAUCACAUCAACAAUCGAUCAAACUUGAAGAUGUCAGUCCACUUACUUUCUACCCGUCCUUAGUGAGAGAAACACUAGCUUACAGUUACACAACUUUUUUCAAGAAGAGUUCUCACUUCCCAUUUAUAUAUUUCCACCGACAAAAACUGGUUAGAUUUUCAUUUAAUGCUUAUUCCUCUUGCCUCCCUUCAGGAUCUCAUUCACACGCUUAGGUAAAAGUGAAACCCAGUUUUGAACAGCAUUUAAACAGCACUCCCAAAAUACAGUUUAUAAAUUCACCUUUUACUUUGGUCAAGAGACGUUGGUACACCGUCAAGUAAACAUCGCUAAGUCAGUACUGUUGAAGCCUACCAAGAGGAAUUCACUGAUUUCAAUGGUCACACUUAAAAGACUGCAUGCAGGGUGCAGACUUAAACGUCUUAAAAAUAACUGACUUCUACAGCAUGAUAAACAGUACCACCAGAAAGUACUGCUCAGUAGCUUUCAUUUGAAUGGACACACUUACGGAUUUCAUCCACAGACUCAAAAGUUAGAACCACCUUGUACAGCAUAGUAAACAGUACCCAAGAAAGUACUGUUCAGUAGCGUUCAUUUGAAUUGUUACACGUUAGGAUUCCACAGCAUAGACUCAAAAGUUAGAACCACCUUGCACAGCGAAAUGCUCGUACUACAAGAAAGUACAGCUCUGUAGCUUUCGUUUGAAUGGUCAUAUAACUUUGGGAUUCCAUUGACGACUCUGAAGUUAGAACCACCUUGUACAACAUAAUGCCGUACCUCAAGAAAGUACCGCUCAAUAGGUUUCAUUUGAAUGGACACACUUGCUAGGAUCUCAUCCACAGACCUCAUUGCACAGCAUAGUGAACAGGACCACAGGAAAGUACCGCUCAGUAACUUUCAUUUUAAUGGCCGCUUUUUAGGAUUGUAUCCAGACUCAAAAGUUAGAACUGCCUUGUACAGUGUAAUAAACAGUACUACAAAAAAGUACUGCUCACAUCGAAAGUAAAAUUACCGGCGAAAAAUCCUAACAUAGGUCUGAGUUUUCAAUCUUGACGGAACAUGUCACAUUAUUUGUCAUGAUGUUUUUUCAUGACGAGUCAUCGAAAGUAAACUUACCAGUGUGAAUAGGAUUUCAUUCACAGACUCAACAGUUAGAACCACCUUCUGCAGUAGUAUAAACAGUGCCUUAGGAAAUUACUGCUUAGUAGCUUUCAUUGAACUUUUUCACACUUUAGGAUUUCAUCCACAGACUCAAAAGUAAAACCAACUUGUUCAGUAUAAACAGUACCACUUGAAAGUACUGCUCAGUAGCUUUCAUUUGAAUGGUCACACUUUAGGAUUUCAUCCACAGACUCAACAGUUAGAACCACCUUCUGCAGUAUAAACAGUGCCUCAGGAAAUUACUGCUUAGUAGCCUUCAUUGAACUUUGUUCACACUUUAGGAUUUCAUCCACAGACUUAAAAGUUAAAACCAACUUGUUCAGUAUAAACAGUACCACAGGAAAGUACUGCUCAGUAGCUUUCAUUCGAAUGGUCACACUUUAGGAUUUCAUCCACAGACUCAAAAGUUAAAACCAACUUGUUCAGUAUAAACAGUACCACAGGAAAGUGCUGUUCAGGAGCUUUUAUUUGAAUGGUCGCGCUUAACGAUUUCGUGCACAGAUUCAAGAGCUUAAUGAAUUGGCAUGUUUCUAUGGUAUCUUAAUCAAGAUCACCCGCAAAUAAGCAAAUAACCAGCAGCAGCUUUCAAGACUGUAGCAACCAGUCAGGAAAAAUUGGGCUAAGCUACGGGUGGCGAAGUUAUAAAAAGAUCCAUACAACUGUUCAUAGCCAGAGUCAAUCCAGUUAAAUUAAAAGUUGGAGUCACCUUGGACAGCGUAAUAAACAGCGCCUGAAGAUAGUACUGUCAAGUAGCUUUCAGUUAAACAUUACUUAGGGUUUCAUCCAUUUAAUUUUGAGAAACACUUUCGGAAAGUACUGUUCAAGAACAUGUAUUUGGCGUGUGUAUUAUAGUUUUAAUUUUCCAUUGGCUCGAAAAGUGGCCUUCCUUCUAUCGGUACCACUGGAGUGAACACUGACAGUGCAGCUACAGCUAAUGAUCAACUGCACCAAGAUGUAUCAUACUUGCCAAAGAGCUUUUUUAUGUUAUGCUUUUUUAUCAAUGUUCUUAGUUCAAAUGUUUGUACAUGCUAGGAAGUUAGAAGCGGCUUGAAUGUAAUGAUAAAAAGUUUAAAUAAAAAAGUCUCAGUGCUCAAUAACUUAAGUUUGAUCCACAGACUAAAAGUGAGAACGCCAUUCUUCAUAGUAACUGAAACUUCUUUAAAUAAGGCAAUGCAUGUCAAAAAUGAGGCAAAGUAGCUCCGGAAACUAGAAGGGUUUUAUUCCAUAAGCUGUAUGCAGGCAAUUGUGUCGUAGCAGUGCACAACGGGUUGGUGUGUGACGAGGUGUGAAACGGACGAACGAAGCGGACAGAUGCAAUGCAGAUCACUGAAUUCUUUUCAAAGACAUGUCUUGAGAAAAUUUUAUAAUUUUUGAACUUCGAAACUCGGUGAAAACUGCCGACCAAAUUUCCGUGAGACGCAUACUGUAAAAUUCCGAAAAUAAGCCCCUCCAUGUAUGAGCCCCUCCAAAUAUGAGCCCCCCAAAGCGGUAACACAAAAAACCCUCCGUUAAAUCGCCUCUCCAAAUAUAAGCCCCCCGGGGGGGUUUGUACUUGGAAAAUUACCCUCAAAUACAAAGUGAAACAAAGCAAAAACGGUAAAUUUAUUUCCAACCAUAAGGCUAGCCCAAUCGAUUUUGAAACGCAACUUUCCCUCCGUAGAUAAGCCCCUCCAAAAAUAAGCCCCUUAAAAGGGGCUUUUGAAAAAUAUAAGCCCCUGGGCUUAUUUUCGGAAUUUUUCGGUAUUAAUUGAAAGACAGAAGCUUAUCCUGUUUAAGAGUCAAACGAAAACCGGUGCACGAUAAAAUUUUGUUCGUGUUCCGCUGUACCAGAAAAAAAUGCCAAGAUGUCUUUAUACAGAGUGAAUUUGGUUCUAAUAUUUCGUUCUUAGUACAGAUUUUCGUCUUGCUUUUUAGUUCAUGGAAAUUAUUUUUUCAAACAGUAGACAUUCUUACAAACAGUUGCUUAGCAUCCUCCAAAUUGGACUAACGAGCGAGAAGGGGCCGGGGUGUGAAUCAGGGGCGGAUCCAGAAAAUUCAAAAAGGGGCGAUGGGACACUGGCCAGUUAUUAAGAUACUACUUAUUUUACUAAGAAUUGCGUGAGAAUUCUUUUGAAAAAAAUACAGAAUUUUACAGAAAAAAGGGUGGUCGCGGUCCACUAAUUCCGCAAAUGGAAUGUGAUUCUCAGAACAAUUUGUCUUUAUCUGUGAAAUCUGUCUUUUCCUGCUUCGGUAUAAGCAACGGGAAAAGCGAGAACUGGAAAGCAACUGGCUUGGAAACAGUUCGAAAGGCCUUCUCGCUUGCCUUCUAGUACCGUGGCAGUGAAAUCUAAAGACGAUUCGACAAUGAGCUUCAAUGUGAGUUGGGAGUUAUCUUCAGAAGAGAAAAUACUGGUUGAACAGUGAAUGUGAAGCCAGACGGAACCUGUCCAAAACCUUUGCAGCGUUUGUAUUGUAAAUACAGAAUAUCUUAUGAACGCUUUUUUAUGCAAAUAAUCAGACGGAUCUACAUACAAUUUUCUUGUAGUUUCCUUGCAAUAAAUUACCCUUUUUUGUGGUUAAUCCACGACAAUUAACGAGAAUUAAUACUCGCGAAAAAGAGAAUGCGAAAAUUGAGCACACGUUAGGUAGCACAGGUUAGGUGGCUUAUUGAUCUUUUUGUAAAAUCAUUCAGGUUCCUGUUACGCGAAGUGUGUGCAUGUUUCUUCAAUUCUUGCGAUGUUAAGAAGUUUUAGAUCGUUCAUUUUCCCCCUGAUAUUUGAAACAUUUGAUGCCUUUUUUGAUUAAUUGUCUGGUUAAAGUGUUGAAAAUUCUCUUCCUCCUGAACGCGAUCCUCCAUUCCUUGAACCAGGGUUUUUGAGCAUUGUUGUGGAAAACAAUGUCAACUUGUAGUAAAAUUGCUUUACUGUGUAGUAAGGGAAAUCGAAGAGAAUUUUGGGUUUUUUUAGUAUUUGCAUGCAUACGAUGCCUGAUAGUCGUUGUGUGACCAAAAUCUUUCGGCAAAUAGUUGCUCUUCUUGAUCCCAAAACAAAAGCCGCCAACAUCGAGAGACGCCAUGUACAGUGCAUUCUUUGAAUAAUUUAUUUCUAACCCCAAAAAUAUAGAUCCAGAUCAGGACUGAUAUGUUGAUUUUUUUCACAUUGUUCUAUAGUUUUUUUUUAAAUCUUCAAACGUAUCAAAUUUAUCACUUGAAAUUGAGCGAGUUUUCAAAGUUUUAAAAAAGCUUGUUCUUUGCUCUUUGAUUUCCAACGGAAGGUGGUGUUUCACGCGGGGGGCUGGCUAGGCGUUAUCGCUUUAUCGUUUCUGGUUAUUUCAGUUUUAUCACGAUGUGCGGGUUACAAAAAAACCUGACAAUAGAAUAAGGCCUUUUUUCCAAAGUUAUUUUUAAAUUUUGUCUGAUGAAUUUUCAUCCGGGUCCAAUUUUUUAACAAAAAAGAGAAAACAAAAGAAUUUAUGUUUAUCUUUUACUCGAAGCCCUGCAACAAGUAUGGGCCGCCCCUGAGUAAAAGGAAAGAACGAGGCGGUUGUCGUGGCGAAGUGAAAGGCGGUUGCGAAGUUUGCUGUGUUGUCAGCAACAACGAGGUAAAAUUCUUCUCCAAGGCGACAGUGUAGUCAAGGUUACGAAGUCCUUCCCAGCAUUUCCUUCGAGUAAUUAUUCCACAACCGGUAUGGUAGAACUUGAAGUACAAUUCCCUGUAUAUUUCUGAGUAUUUUGCUGUUAAUUUCACUCAAUGUUUCCACCUUCGAUUUGUUGCCUUUCACGCGCGCUUUUCGCGUUCUGAUCUCAAGCUUUCUUUGUCAUGACGAUGAAGGGAAAUUUAGUUUUUCUACUGCCUCUACUUGUACCGAUUGAGCGUUGUUGUGUAGCUUUGGUUCUCUGUUUUUCUGCGUGGAAUAAUAUGUCUUGCGAAGGAUCUGUGGAACGUUUAUUGUUAACUGCGUAAGUGCUAAAUUUUCGUGCGUAGUCGAACGAAGCAAUACACGUUUCAAAUGCGAUCUUUGAAAGUCCAUGUUGACAUGUGCAUUAUCACAAAUACAGAAACCUUUCUUGUUCGAUUUCAUUCUCAGAUCGCCCAAUGGCGACUCCACAGCCCCAGCCAAACUUUGUUCCACAGAACUUUGAUUCUGGCGAAGUGAAAUCCCAGGCUGCCCCGACCAGCAAUGUGGUGUCUUCCCCGCAGGAUUUCUCGCAACAAGUUGCGACUGCUACGGCUGCUAUGUCGCAUAGCAUUGUAGCAGCCUCGCAAAAUGUUUCCCCUUCACCGCACCAAACUAAUUUGCCGGUGAAUACUGUAACUUUAACCGUGCAGCCGUCACAGAUACAGACUCCUCAAGGAACUAUGCAACCAACACAGAUAAUCACAGCCAAUGUAAUAACCAGCGACGAAUUUCAAGCAAAGGAAGGUAUAUUUACUUUCAAAUCCGUGUAGCUAGAUUGAAGUAAACCUUUGCACGAUCAAUUCCGCGUUUAAAAUGCUUUAUUUUACUUGUUGAUACCGUAUACAGGAUAUUUUAAUGAUUAUUAAAAAUGCUGUAGCCAUUGAUCGCGUUUACUUUUAUUUUCAUUUUGCUGUAGGUUUCCCAACAGCAGAAGUCCAUUAUGUGGAAGCUCCCUCAGAUCACACGAUGUACCCCAACGGAACAACGUAAGCUUUAUUUCUUACAUUGCAAGAAGUGUUACAGCAUACUGAAAAUAUUGCUGUUUGUGUAUCUGGUCGGUAUCUCACUAACUAAGGGGCGAUAGCACCAUCGAAUGCUUGCUUUGUUUGCCUGUAGAGACACGUUGUGAACACCUGGCAUUUUCAAUAAGAAAACACAUGGAACUGAAAAAUGAUUGUCGGCGUUGAAGUUUUUGUUUUCCCUGAAGCAAAACCUUAACUUGCAGCAAACGAAAAACCUUAGUCCUGCAAAAGAAUAAUCGAUCAAUGACUACAAAGAAAUUUUCAGCCACCCACAGACAGGCCAAGUUCACCUGAAGUUCAGCCAAUUUGAAAAUAACAGGAUUAUUAUGGAUACAUACAUUUUAAUUAAUGGUAAUCAACCCCCAUAUAUGGCAGAGCUUCAAUACCUUCCAAACACAAAAACAAAAUACUCAAUUUAUUCAGAAUUUGGUUUUAAAAGCAUCAAAAAAUUAUUGUGAGUAAAAGUUGGUCAAAUUCUGGCUCUAACUGCUGUAAUUAUUUCUUGUGUACAUCAAAAAUGUGCGAACUCAGUUGUAAAACUUUGAAAUAUUGAUUUAAAUUAUUGUGAAAUUCUGCUUUGGCAAUCACCAUAGAAAUUUCUAGUGGUCUUGGAUAUUGUUUUUCUCAACGUGAUGUUAAAGCAAUUUUUGCAUUUAAUUUAACUUUAAACUAUUGGCUGAACCAUGUUUAUUUAUACAAGUUGGAUUAAUAUUCAAGAUAUAACAUUUUUACCAAGAAACCAAACUUUUUUCCAUGGCAACACAUGAAGCCUUUGUGAAUGAAUCAAUGAGAAGAAAAAUCAAUUUUGUGAGCUUGGUUGAGUAGAAAGAUCAAAGCAGGCAGGGACAGACUUUGAUCUCUGUUCUUAAACAUUUUAUGGCAAGUUUAUCACACAUGAUGCCUGUCUCUACGUAUAUGUGAGUUUCAAAUCAUUUCUAACGUUUUCUAAACUGCUUUCCUAGCUUUUGGAUCGUAGCUAGUAGUGUAAGAGUUUAUUUAUUCUCACGCGAUAUUGUUUUGGGGGUCAUGCACAACGAAGGUUCCAAGUUUUUCUGUUUAGUUUCAUGGCUAUUUCAUUAAUAGUCAGUUCUAAAAAGCUUUCAAGGCAAAAAAACUUCACCUAAGGUAUCGUCUUAUUCAAAAGAGAGUUGUUUGGAUCUGGUGUUUUAAAGGAAACAUCUAGUUAAAAAGCAGCAUGGGGACUCAUUGUCUGAUAUUAAUAUAAGGCCUUUGAUAUAUAUUUCUCCUCUUUCUAAGUUGAAAUCUCUAUCUCAAUCUUUAAGUUAUUUUAGUGUAGUUGAAAUAUGAAAUAGGGCCAUUUUCUGAAAAUUACUUUGAAUUUGGUUGUUUCUCUGCAAAGCUGAAUUCUAGAACAUUUGCCAAGUUAUUUUUAUUAGUAUUCUUUAUUUCUAUAGCCUUGAGUCAUGUACUAAAAUAAUAUAAACUUGCCCUUAUAUUUUGCCAAGUGAAAGUUAUUGAUGGCCACCCCAAAAUAAUUUCAGAAGGCAAAGCAAGGCAAAGCAAUCAGUUGUUACCACAAAAUUUGUGGUUCUCAGCUGUUUACACUGUAAAUUGCAUAAUUCCCUCAAUUAGUGUGGUUUAACCUCUCACGUACAUGCAUAAUAAUUUUGUGACCUUAAUGUUAGGAUGAUUAAUAAUUUUAAAAUCAGCAUUUUAGUGAGAAGGAUUUCACUUUUCACUGUUUCAUCAAGAUCGAGAAAACUUCCCAGAACUCUAGAACUCUUUAAUUCUGAGAUUGAGUUGUUGAUUCUAAAAUUAUUUAUUAUUUAAAAGUUUUAGAGGGGGAGGAGAUAAGGCACUAUUUGUUACAUGUGCAUGUGCAGGUUUUGUUAGAGAUAGUGGGCAAUUAUUCCGGGUUUAGUACUUUUUUCAAGCCCCACUUUGUGAACACCCGCUUAAUAUGGACACCUCAUUAUUUAGUGGUGUAACGAUUAAUCGAAUUCUCGAUUAAUCGCGAUUAUGACCGUUUGGUUCAAUUCACGAUUCUUUGCUUCUACAUUUCGAUUUUGGUUUGAUUUUUGCACACCUUUUCCAGGGUGCUCUCAGUGAGUUAUUAUAUUGUAAAAUCAGAAUGUGGAACUCUUUAAAAUGUGCGUUUUUGAUUGACGAGCAAAGACAAUAGCAGUUCGUGCGCCAUUUUGUGUUGCCUGGUAAAAAUGCUGUCCUUCAACCCCCCCUGAGAAUUUCCAAAUAAGGCAAACCAUGUGCGACACGCUCUUUGUCAGGUUCUCAAACAUGGUGAUGAACCAAGCAACUGUGAAUCCUCCUGUCCCUGUUACUAUUCUCAAAUUGAGGGUUUAGGGUUGCAUGUUGUUACCAUUACGCAUUAUGUUAUAAGAAUUAAGAAACAUUUACAUAAUCGAUAGCUUUAUUAGUUUUUAGCUUUCCGUUAUUAGUUUUAGUUUAGUUUAGCGUUCCUUAUACUUAGCAAUGUGGGGAUAGUAAUAAUAUAACUUUCAAAAGAAACAGGGAGCCCUUUUUCCAGAACGUAAAACUCUAAAUUCAACCUGCUUAAUGUGGACACCCCGUUAAAAUGGACUUUUUAAGACCCCCUCAGUGUCCAAAUUUAUAGGGUUUAACUGUAGUAAUGAUCUGCUCUUUUUCAAUGCUCAACCAUCUGAUUAUGUUCAAAUGCAACUACGGUUACCCACUAUAACAUGAGUACUUUCUUGAGGGAACUCAGAGGAUCAUUUUGUCUUUGGAAAACAAGAGAACCUGAAGUUUUCUUGCCUUACCAGAUCAUCAAUAACUUAGAGCUUGCAAAAAGAGUAUUCAAAAUCCUUAAUUGUUAGGGACUUUAGAUAACCGAUUGUGUAAGCUCCAAGUAAUAAUAUUGUCCUUUAAAUGGCCCUUGACCUUUGCAUUGCUUGGAUAACCCCAUCAAAGAUGAAGAUGGCAUGGUGAUUCUUCAUGUACAGUGUAUCUUUAGCAUUGAAAGGAUAUUAAAUCCUGUGUCCUUAACUAGUACUUUGGGAUAGGUCAAUAGGGAUGACUAUACACUAGACCAACAGACAGACAAAACUGUGAAACAACUGAUAAAACAGAGCUGUUUGAUUUUUAUUUUCCUUAGGGCAAAUGCCUAUCACUACAAUGAUGGCACAAUGUUUGCUCAGCAAGCAACAACACCCUAUCUUGAUCCUGGGCAACAGAAUUUCACCACUGUCACAACACCAGGGGCUGUCUCGAGUGGACAGACACUCCUCCAAGUUAACACUCCAAGUGGGCCGACCAUGCAGGCUCAGAGACACCCAAUAACCCACACAACCAGGGCUUCUCCUGCUACAGUAAGUGAAAUGAAGGAUAGAAUUGAUUUGCCCAAUGUCAGCAUGACUUGGAUUCGGGUUUCCACAUGUUAGCGGGGUUAUGGAUUCCUUGAUUGAGCUAAAUUAGGGAUUCCAUGGCCCUGGAUUAUGACAAAAAUAAAUUCCUGGAUUUUGGAUUCCACAAGCAAAAAUUUCCCAGGUUAUAGAAUCUGAGUAACCUUACAUGAGGUGUCACGUGUAUGAAUCUACUAAUUUGCCCAUCUGGUUUCUCCGUAGUCCCUCUGGUUGGAGGACCAAACCAGCCUUAUAGAGCUGUCAUGGCUUAAAAUCCCAUUAGAGUCUUCAUUAUUUCUGUCCCCCUAUCGUGACAUGAGGGGCAUUAAUUUUAUAUUCCUCAGUCAGUGUAAACCAUCUUUGUGCCCCUUUCCCCACCCCUACCCUCUUGCGCUAACAGUCAGUAAUUCCCCCUGGAGUAUUUUUCUUCUACACACUUGAUAGUCUCUUAAGAGAAAUUAGAGGCUAUGUAAACUUCUUCCUUAUUUCUUUACAUAUCUUUAGUUCCAACUACAAACAAUUUUAUUUAAUCGUCUCCUUUGCAUCUUUCAGAAAAACUCAUAUAAAAUUUUAACUAACUAUUAAUACUCUGUUAUGUGUCAUUGUUUAUAAGCUAGCCAUUAUCAGGUUUGGAGAGCUCGAGAAAAAUCAUUAUUCAUGGUUUCGUUUGAUGUGAGAUUUUACUCUGCAGCAUAUGUAGCUCACUGGUCUUUUGUUUUUCUCAAGGUACAAUGGCUGGUAGAUAACUACGAGACAGCAGAAGGAGUAAGCUUACCACGUAGUACUCUGUACAACCAUUAUUUACAACACUGCCAAGCUAACAAGUUAGAUGCCGUGAACGCUGCAAGCUUUGGAAAACUUAUCAGAUCUGUGUUCAUGGGACUGAGGACCAGACGUCUGGGCACAAGGUAACCAGCCUGUGGUAUUAAACUGCUAUAGAAAUAAUAAAUAAAUUUUGUUAUAAAAGAGGGGUGUUUCUUCAAAGGUUUGUGCUUAAUCCAGGGCUCGUACAGGUCAUGGAAAACCUGGAAAGUCAUGGAAUUGUAUAUUGGAAAGUCGUGGAAAGUAAAAGUUAUGUUAGAUAGAUUAAAUAAUGCAGAUGUUACAGCAAGGACAACGUAAGAUAGAGGGGAGUAUUUAUGAAUGACACAGAUUUUAGUAGACACCAUAGUUUGUGUCUGUUGAACUGAGUUAGGUCAGAAAGUACUCAAAGGAAAGUUUUGAAAAUAUUCUAAAGUGACAGCCAACCCUAAGGCCAUUGAAACCUUCAAAAGGUCAUGGAAAAAGUUAUGGAAAGUCAUGGAAUUUGAGAGCUGAAAAGAGUACGAACCUUGUUAUUCGCGAUUACUACUCAAGGGUGGUCACUUUUUGUCUUUGUUAUACUUCUUCAAUGUGUUCAUGAUUAUUGUGUGGUUUUGCAUUGCAGGGGUAACUCCAAGUACCAUUACUAUGGAAUCCGCAUAAAACCAAGCUCUCCGCUCAAUCAACUAUCUGAUCAUGAUUCCCAAGUGGCCAUGAGACAGUCACCCUCCACCCAGAAAAGGUAGGUAUCCUGUGUCUCAGAUACGCUAGCAUCUUAUCGUAAUGGGUUUUAGCAGCACAUGUACCUCUCUAGUCCCUGGUUGUUCAAAAGUUGGGUAACACUGUCCAGUGGAUAUUUCACUAUCUAGUGGAUAAGUAGCCCGUGAACGGCAGAUGUUUCUCCUCGCUCAUCGCUGCUGAGGGACGCUUCGCAAGGAGGAACGUCUGCUACUCAGCGACAGAAAUUCCAUACUGAUGACGUAAAUCAAUGUUUACUUAAUAUAUCCGGUAGUCGUGGGGUUCCAAAUGUAAAUUUGCUCAAUUUUACGUUUCUCAUGGUUGAUUUUGCGAAAGUGUUGUGUUCAUCUGUGAAUGAGCUCCAGCAAAACUCCAAUGCUUCUUCUCGAGAAGACUAUAUUCCACAAACAUUGACUGUUUUGUUAGAGAUUCAUCGCAUUUACAUUUGACCUUUACCGCCUUUUGUCUUUUGUCUGUCAUUCGUAAAUAAUAGCUAGAACAAUGAAACUACUCUGUGGACCAAUGAGUGAGGAGAAACGUUUGCUGUUCGCUGGCUAGUGGAUAAGUGUUACGGAGGUGUUAUCCCCUGGAAAUUGAUUAACAAGUGGGUGGCACUAUCCACCUUGUGGAAAAUAUGUUUGUUUUUUAUCUGUUUCUGGGAAACUGCCCACCUACCCCUCCCCUAAGCCAACAUUUAUACUUACUUCUCACUUAGGGCAAAAUGUUGGCUUAGGAGAGGGUAGGUGGGCAGUUUCCCAGAAACAUAUAAUGAUCCUUUUGGUGGAUAUUGGGGCUGAAAGGUAUGGUUCGUACGGGGUAUGCAAAACCUGGAAAGUUGGGAAAUUUAAGAAUUUCAUUUUCAGGCCUGGAAAGUCAUGGAAAAUUAAGGCUUUACAGUCAAACCUAAGGUGGCUGUUAUAUUCAGGGUGAACACUAUAUACAGGGCCAUUGGGCAAGUGAGCUUUAAAAGUUAUUUGCCUGGCAAGAAAAUCUACUUGUCCUGGAAAAGCAGAUGGGAAUUUUUUUGAACCCUGCACAGGAUAGCAAAGUCAAGCUCAUACUUGAAGGGUCACACUAAAAGAUUUCCUACACAAAGUCAAAAGUCAGAGCUGCAUAACCUGUCUCCAUAAUAUAUUUUAUUGACACUGAAAGUAAAAGGUUAACUGCUAUCGCUUUUAUUUCCUUAGAUUGAAGCCAGCUACAAGGUUGGAAGCAUCAGAAGCAGGUGAAUCAGCAUCACAAUCACAAGCUGUGUCAACAGACCAGCAGGCACAGCAGAACCAGAUGCAGCAGCACCAGCAAUACCUGGGUGACGUUACCCAAGGGCUGCCAGAAUUUGAUGAGCUGGACCUCAAGGAUUGCCCUCUUCCAGGUUACGGUCGCUUAAUUUGUACUUGUACAUCUACAGAGUUUCAUUAACUUUUUCAUGACAGGGCUCUCAUGCACCUUGAAUAACCUUGAGAUUAGUCCUUGAAUUUCCAAAUAAAAAUGAUUAGGCCUUCUAAGUCCUUCAAAGUACACUUCCAUCUACAACUUGUGGGCCCCCAACUGUAUAAAAAGUAGGCUAGUACUAUCCAGUAGGUGAAGCUAAUAUUCCAAACAGCCAGGGCCACAGUCAUUUAUUGUACUUAAAUUUAUGGGCUUUCCUUAUUGACCUGGUGUCAUACCAGGGCCACAGUCAUUGAUUGUACUUUAAUUUAUGGGCUUUCCUUAUCGACCAGGGGCCGGUUGCUCGAAGCCUGGUUAGCGCUAACUGUUGGUUAAGAGGUAUCAAAAUGUAUAGGUUUCCAUGGUAUUUAACGCUGGUUAGCACUAACCAUGCUUCGAGCAACCCGGGCCUAGGGCCGGUUGUUCGAAGCCUGGUUAGCGCUAAGAGGUAUCAAAAUGUAUAGGUUUCCAUGGUAUUUAAUGCUGGUUAGCACUAACCAUGCUUCGAGCAACCCGGGCCUGGUGUCACAUGUCAGUUUUUCAGGUGUAUUAAACUCUAUGCAGUGGAUAACACAGUUGGUUUGCCUAAUUUUACUGGAAAAUGACUUUUCCAUUGGAUUAAGCGCUUUCCAACAGUUGAGCCCUGGCAAUAUCCACCUUUAAACUACUGGGACCAGGUGUGUUUUUACAGGGUCGGGUAAAAUUUGAAUCUUAUCCUGCAGGCUCUAGCAUGUCAUCUACAUGUACACUGUGACGGAGUUGUAACACUCCGUGGUGUAUCAUGUUAUAAUAUUUGUAGAGGUAUUUGAGCUUCCUAUGGCCAGAAUAUCCCUUCAUCAAGUCAUACAUAUGGACAUUAAUAUUUUAGUGUGUUUUUCUUAUUACAGAGGGAAUUACCGAUCAUGAUCUUGACACUUUCGUUGACAUGUACCGCGAGCAUUGUGAGGUAGGCACAAAUAAACUCUCCAUUUUUUUGUUCUCUGUUAUUAUUUUCUGUAUACUAGCUUACUCUUCAAAAGUAGGAUUACAUUUAUUUUAGGUUACAGUUCUAUGACUAAGGAGAUGCAAGGUUGUUCUUUAUUGAUUUUUGUUUUGUUUGUAUUGAUUUGCACAGGCCUUUCUUGAUGUUGUAGUCAAUUUACAGUUCACACUGGUUGAGUCCUUGUGGCAGACGUUUUGGCGACAUUCAUCAACAGAUACCAAAUCUGGUUCUGGGGCAGAGGAUGACGAAAGUAACCGAGAUGGAGGGUAAGGAUGUAGCCAGUUAAACUUUUUUUAUUUCUAAAAUUUUCAGCAGAAAAGUACAGUGUAGCUAGUGUACACUGUACGUUGUGUAGGCCACCUGAAAGUACUACGCGAAAGCCUUUUAUUUAAAUCACCACACAGUUCACAAAAAGAUAAAACUAAAUUAGUGCUAUUUUUCUGUUUCAUGCAAAGGUAAAAAAUUCUAAUGUUAAACAGACUUCAAACUCUCAUAUUUUUUGUUUGUGUUAAAAGGAAAUAAUUGAAUAUGUACAUGUAAAAGAAAAUAAUAAGAAAUUAUUGGAGAAAGGGGCUUAUGCAACCAUAACAUGUGAAUAUACAUGCUGUUUUGCUCUCUUUAUACAGUGAUGAUGGAGAGUAUGAGAGUAGACUUUCGCAGUCCAAACUUGUGCAGCUGUGUGACUAUGAACCAAUAGUAACAUUCGUCAAAGCCAGUGAUCACCUUCUUUAUCAAACUCUGGUGGAAAUCCUCAUUCCUGAUGUGCUGCGACCAAUUCCAGGUAUGGUUUUGCCUUUUCAAAUUUAAGCCUUGCUGCAUAUUUUUGUAUAAGCAACCCAUUUCAUAAAAAGGAUUAAUAUUAUGGCUUCUUGCUUUUAGCUUCUCUGACACAGGCCGUGCGUAACUUUGCCAAGGGCCUCGAGGCUUGGCUUGUGAAUAGCUUGGACCAAAUCCCAAAGAAAAUGUCAGAUGUCAAAGUAAGUGUCACCUCAUCAGUUACACGAUUAAUUAUUAACUCUUUCUCUCUAAAACUCCCUGAGCUGUUUUUUUUUUAAAUUUUUUUUGCUGCCACGAUAAAGUUUUUAACCGGGUAGUAGUGAUUUUUCACUUUAAUUGACUAUACACUGUAGAGGGGAAGAGGAUUUGGGAACUAUUAUAACCAGGCCAUGUAUAACCAAACAGCAAUAUUUUUCCAAUUUCAAUGUCCGUUUACAGUGUAUACAAUGUAUUAAUAGUGAGCUUAAGCAAUGAGAAUGCUACAGCUUUAGCUCCGCGACAUCAUGCAACCUGAAGUUUGAUGUCUUGCUUAAUGAUGGAACACUUUUGUCUCACACAACAAAUCUGAAUGCCCUUGGUUUAACUCCCGCUGUACAAUUGUCGAGUCAGAGCACUGGAAGAGAGAAAUAUGAACUUCCGGUUGCCAUUUCUCACGUCUGGGACAUCAACGUUCUCAUUGCUCAAGGUCCCUAAUGUUCAAUAAAUUCUUUGCCUCUGCAGGUGUCAACAUGUAGUGCAUUUGCACAAACUCUGCGUCGUUAUACCUCUUUGAACCACUUGGCCCAAGCUGCCCGGGCUGUGCUGCAGAAUUCCUCUCAGAUCACUCAGAUGUUGACAGACCUGAACAGAGUGGACUUUGCCAAUGUGCAAGUAAGACUUAUAUUUUUUUAUGCUAUUAUAGAGACCUUUAGAUUUGAGGAGGAGGACAACUACAAGGAACCUCAAGUAUUCUCCAAGCUACAGUAGAUCCCCCAGAAAGUCGUUGUUGCUGUCGACAUUGUUGUGGUUUUAAGCCCCCUAUUGAAGGAAGCUCAGCUCUGAGCCUGUGAAUUCCAUGAUGGCCAUGGCCUAGCUCGUGUUUUCUAUAUCUAGUUGGCUGGGAGCAUACCUUAGGUACCAGGGGUCCCUGCGUGAUGCUAGAGCACAACAUCAACAGGGUUCUAUCCAGGAUUUAUCUUUUUCCGAGUGGGGAAGCUAGGCAUUUUGAGGGGAAGCUUCUACCCCUCAAAUACCCUAGAUAGAACCCUGGUUUGUGUGAGCUUGAGGAGUCAGCCUUACAAAUGAAAUGUAUGAUAACACGAUUCAAAUUGUAGGCCAUUUCUAGCAAAUCUGGGACCAAAAAGAACUCCUACAACAGGGGCAAUUAUCUUUUUAUUUUUACUUUUUUAUUAUUGAAGCUUAAGUCAAUACAAUGCACAAUAUCAACAGAGAGAGACCCUCCAAAAUUAAAAUAAAGGUAAUUCAUACACAGGAUGUUAUUACUAAUCAAAAUUUAAAAAAAAAAAAAACACUAGCAAAAUUCAACUAAACAUGUCACACUUACGUGCAGUUAAAGGCUCAAGGAUUUUUGAAUGCUUGAAGGCUCUAUGGAUAACUUGUAUUUCAGAAAAGCUUUAAAGGCUAGAAACUAUAUGGGUCACUUUCUUUGACAGGGGUGUAGGUGUGGAAAUGAGCAUCUGUCAGGCAGAGAUUAAACGUAUAGAAGGAAUUUUUCUCAGGGAGAUAUCCUUAAAUUUUAUCAUUAUUGAUCAAAGACACUAAGGGCGAGUUAUUGUGAUUCCAUGAAGAGGUAAAAAGGUUCCAGAAGGAGACUGUGGACAUGCUAGCAUUCUACAAACAGACAUAGGGUCUGUUGUUUUUGACCAACAAUUUUAAUUUCGGUUUAAUUUCUUUUUCCAGGAGCAAGCAUCAUGGGUUUGCCAGUGUGAUGACAGUAUGGUGUAUCGACUGGAGCAAGAUUUCAAACUGACUCUCCAACAGCAGGUCUGAUAUCAUAUCCUCUGUUCUUUUUCUCAGACUGAGUACAUUGUAUUCUGCGCAGUUUAAAGAUUGUUAAUUCACACAAGGAACCAAGGAAAAAAGUGCUCUGUUUUUUAGAGUACGAGAGUCUGGAAUAUUCUUUUGACAAUGAUAGGAAAGGCCAAAAUCAUUGUUUUAUACAUGCAACCCUCUGUACAGACACUUUUCAAGCCACCAUUUCAAUUUGACAGGCCAGUAGAUGACAUGCUGUUUGAUUGUGGUAUUUUUCAUUUCCCUCAAUAUAGUGGUUAUCGGCUUAAAAAUAAUGUCAUUUUCAAUUUUUGCAGAACUCGCUUGAACAGUGGGCUAGCUGGCUGGAAAGUGUUGUAGAUCAGGUUCUUAAACAACAUCAGGGGACUAAUGAAUUUCCCAAGGCAGCCAGGCAGUUUCUUCUUAAGUGGUCAUUUUACAGGUAACUACCAUCAACUUGCAUCAAAUGAAAAGAAGUGAUUUCCUGGUUUUAUGAGAUCUGUCAAGGGAUCUUGAGAAAGAGCAAGAUGAAAAAUGCCUUCUAGCUACAAAAACGUUUUCUAGAAGUUAAACGGUGGGAUAUAAGCACUCUAAUAUGCAAAUCCUUCUUAAAUGGACCUAAAUCAUAACAAUGAAUCUGAUGCAAGUAAAAUUUAGAAGGAUUUGUGUGUAGUCAUUAGAGCAUGAUAGUACUCACAGUGGAACCCCGCUUUACAGCCAUCUCGGUAAUACGGUAACCUUGUUGUUACAGCCACUAUUUUGUCCACCUGGCAAAUCAGCCAUACAUUUUCUUGUUAACAUGGUGACAAGUUAACACAUGUACGGCCAGAUUUUUUGGUCCAUUGGUGACCGUAUGAACGGGUUUCCAAUUUAUAAUAUUUUGCCACCAGGUUGCAUUAACAUGCUAGUAGUACUUUGACUUGGAUCUUUUUCCUUCCAGUUACUUCUUCCUUCAGACUCAAUGGUAAAGAAAAAAUUGAUUAAGAUCAAUUGAUAUUUGGAAAGAGGUUCUAAUAGUUGACUGUUUUGUUUGCUCCUUUUAGCUCUAUGAUCAUCCGUGACUUGACCUUGAGAAGUGCAGCCAGUUUUGGUUCAUUCCAUUUGAUUAGGCUUCUGUAUGAUGAGUACAUGUUUUACUUGGUGGAGCAUAAGGUUGCUAAAGCAAUUGGUGUGUCACCAAUGGCUGUCAUGGGAGAGGUGAGAUUCUAACAGUGGAACUGUUUAUCCCUUGGAGUGAUUGGCGUGUUAAAUCUCUUUUAACUACAUGGGAAAACAGGAGAUGAUACUCAGGGUUAUCAGAAAGUUUUGAAGUAGACAGCUGAGUUGUCAAAGUAAGCGGCCAGUCCAGGGAUAUUUUAGUUAAAAAAUGCCAUCCAUAAAGAAACGCCAAGCGAAGUAGCCGGCCGAUACUAACCAAGUAGGUGCCAGUUUUUGCCCACAGCCGGCUACUUUUGACAGCCCUGAUACUCAGUGAAAAAGGUUAUUGAUUGUAAUAACAAAUUCUCCUUGCUAGUAUCAGUGGCAAGGCUGUCCUCUAGCGGCACCCGGUUGCCUCUUGCGCCUAACUCUUGCUCCCAGGCAACUAGAAAAUCUUAGUUCAUUCAUAGGAAUCAUUUGCUGGGCACCCUGGAUUUCACAGGUUCAAAGUACUGGGCUCCCUUCAAUUUACCUUAGAGCACAGCCUUGAGUGAGGAAUGCAUGCUGAUGAAUUAUACUAUAGUGAUAAAAUUAUGUAAGGUUUGAUUUGCUUCUUACAUUAAUGGUAUCUUUUCCUCUUUUUAACAGUUUGUUGGGCUUGGCUCAGCGUUGUCCAUGGGCCUGGAUUCAGUAGACGGCAAUUUACUGACAGAGCAAACUGACUUAGCAUGUAAGUAAAAGCACUUAUUGUAACCAACUUGAAUUUUAAGAGGGGGAGCUUAUACUUUUGGGUAAUUCGGUUGUCAGUGGAAUUUCCGGUGGCAGCUGUGGUGUGAUAGUUUUGACUUGUCAUGUAGUUGUAAAACUUGUAAUACUUUUGUUUGUGUUGCGAUUUCCUUUCAAUGAAAAACAAAUUGUGUUUGCCCAUAGGAGUCCUCAGUCUUAACCUCCUGGUAGCUAUUAUGUAUGCACUGCGGUUACAUGUAUGUAGCCAGCAUUUGUUUGGACUCCCACUAAGAAUGAAUGAAAAUGUAUAGAAUGCAAUCUGAUCAUGCGCGGUUUGACCAGUAUUUACAUGUACCACUUGUAACCUGAUCAUGUAUGGUUUGAUUUUCUGAUCACGUGAAAAUGCACUUUAUUUGAGUGUCAAAAUAUUUAACUAAUGGGGACGAUAUUUUUAUGUCUCGUAAUGGAGACAAGACAGCAAUUUUAGGAAUUCACCUGAGCCACGCAAAGAUCUGGCCUUUUACAGGGCAAUUAAAGAAAGUACAGUCAAGCCUCUAUUAAGCGGUCACCCUUGGGAAUAAGCCAGGUGACCGCUUAAUGGAGGUUGACCAGUUAAUAGAAGUUUUCUAAAAUUAAGCCCAUAAUAGAUGAAGAAGUUGAUGUAGAGGCCAAUCUUUAUCACUUUCUUUAAAAUUAAUUUAUUGUUCACAACAACUGUAACGUGGGAAAUGAUAAAAGUGUUUGGAUGUUCUGAGGAGUUCAUGGUAAACAACAAUUUUUAUAGUAAUGCUGUGCAUAAGCAAUUCCAAAACCUUAUCCAGAGAGACGUGUAUUUAACACCAAGAUUACAAUGACCUACAAUGUUAUGUUGCAUUUUAUGAGCUGUGAAAGAAACUAGGCAAGUGUCUCUUAUCUUGUGUCACCAAUAUGUCUUUUAUUGAUUGUUUUGUAACAAGGUGACUUUUAACAGAGGUAAAUAACAAAAAUUUUAACCAAUUGGGAAAUCCAAACGUUGACUGCAUUCACUUAAUAGAGGGGACCAUUGAAUAGAGGUCACAUUUGCAGUAAAUAUGGGAAGCAAAUUGCGGGAAAUUGAUAGGUGACCGCUUAAUAGAGGGUUGACUGUACUUUCAUUUCUUAGUUUGUUUAAGACCCUAAGUAUUGGUCCACCCUGAUAAUCUAACCCGCGACCUCCAGCUCUGCAGUCACGUGCUCUCCCAACUGAGCUAAACCUGCCACGGUGAAACUUACACAAGCAUUAGAGCAAAAGCAAUGUGACCUUGUAUUGAUCUUGCCAACAUCCUUAACCUUCGUAUAUCAGUAGUUAGGCAGUAGGAUUGAUUAGUGACCAAUCCUUUUUAAAUCUUUUACUUGUAGAUGGUUCCAAAGCUCCUGGGUCUGGUAGCUCUCCCACUAGGCCGUCAGGAUCUGGGUCUCUGGAGCCAGAAGCUAAGCGACCCCGGCCAAGCUGAACUAACAGUAAUAUCUCACUUUGUAAAUUAAGAACAGAAAUAUUUUAUCCCCAAAAUCUUUUGAUGGUAUAAUUAUUAAUAUGAAGUUAAAAUGUUAUUAUAAAAGUAAACAAGAAACCAUGUUUCACAUAUGUUUAGCUAACAGAGCUACAUUUACCUUUUACUCAUGAGAGUUAAUGAUCCUGCUCGUAAAUUAUUUAUAUUGUUAUGAUGUAUGUAGUAUACAAAGGGAGGAUAAAAGUCAGAUGAGCUAAAACCACAAACCAAAAUAGGCCCUGUUUCCUGGAAAAUCCCUGUAACAUUAGUUUUAGUGACAGCACGGUGAGAAAUAUGAAUUUUUAGACGUCUUAUCUUUUCACUUGUGACAGAAAAAGAAAGAAACCGCAAAUUUCUAAGCUACAAAAAUUAAAUCGAGGCCAGCGUUUGUAAUGGAAUCUCGAUAAAAUGAAAGUUAAAAUAAUGAACGAUUUUCUUUACGCCAGUAACAGUAAAACGAAUAAAAAAGAACCUCGAUAUACUCUAACGUAACCUUGCUAUAGCAAACAUAUUUUUCCAGUCCCUUGGCCGUUCGUUAUAUUGAGGUUCCCUUGUCGAUCGUUUUUACUUUCAGCGGCUAUACAAAUUUCUUGAAACAAAAGAAAGUUUUGCAUAAGAAAAGAGUUAAAUCACCACAGGAGUUCUUGGAACUCUAACAUGGCCGUCAUUUCAUUAUUUUCCUCUCCACGUUGUGUGUAAAAAUAAGGGAGGUCAACAUACAUUUUCUCCCGACAAUAUCGUUACACAAUCAAGACAAAAGGGUGUUGUGAAGAUUAAGAAAAUGAUCACCUGAAAAAAUUAUUGAUUUUACAACAAAUUCUCUCGACUAAUUGUAUAAGGAUAUAUAAGAAUGAAGAUCAUUCUAGAGAAUUUGUAUGUGGAUUGGGGCUUAAUGAGUUUUAAAAUUCAUUUGUCGCCUCCUGGCAAAAGGUAUUAAUAAGGGGCUGCUGAAUGCUGAUAGAGAAUGGCCCUGUACUUCCACAGAAUUUCAGAGUAAUGUUAUUGGUUACAACUCAAAAAGUUAAUUGAACUUAAAUUUCUCUCCGUUGCUUUGCCAACAAAACUUUUGUGGGAAUACCGAGGAAAUAGGACCUAGGGAACGUGUUAACUCUCUUUCUCUUUAUCAUCUCUUCAGUAGAUCUUAUUGUAAACAGAAGAAAUAGCCUUUUUGCAGUUGGGAAUAGUAGGAUACUUGGAAUAUUUGAAGUAUGACAAACAGAUGUCAUAAGUGACAUUUUGGCAAAUGUUAAUAAAAAUCAUCGUUAGAAGC